AUGGUUGUCCUCCUACUGCACUUUGGAAGGUACUUGCUAACGUCUGGACAUGCAGGAAAGAGUGAAAUAUUCCAACAGCAUCAAGAUUUCUCCAUCGAUCGCAUAAUUGACACGAAUGUCGACGUCAAUGAUGCUAUUUCGCACCUCUCUCCUCGCGAGCUUGAUCAGCUCAGCGAUCGCAGCGACGCCAGCGCAAUGGCGCUCCCAAUCCAUCUACUUUUGCUCACCGACCGAUUCGCGCGAACCGACGGCUCAAAGACUGCUGAAUGCGAUACCAAAAAUGGGAGAUAUUGCGGUGGUACCUGGAAAGGCAUCGAAACCAAGCUAGACUACAUCCAAGGAAGGGGCUUCACCGCAAUCUGGAUAACGCCCGUGACAGGCCAGGUAGAAGGAAACACGCCGGACGGAUCUGCAUAUCACGGAUACUGGCAGCAGGACAUCUACGCCCUCAACUCUGAGUACGGCACCGCCGAUGACCUCAAAUCUCUCGCUUCGGCACUACACGAUCGGGGUAUGUACCGUAUGGUCGACGUCGUCGCCAACCACAUGGAAAAGUAUUUUCACUCCUACUGCAAAAUUACGGACUACAACAACCAAACGAAUGUGCAGGACUGCUGUCUCGGUGAUGAAACACUUUCCCUGCCAGACCUGAAUACAGAACGGAAGGAUGUGCAAAGUAUUUGGUACGACUGGGUUGGAUCGCUGGUUUCAAUGUACUCAAUCGACGGCCUCCGCAUCGACACAGUCCGCCACGUCCAGAAAUCAUUCUGGCCAGCCUUCAACAAAGCCGCAGGCGUCUACUGCAUCGGUGAAGUCUUCGACGGGAAUACAGACUACACAUGUCCGUACCAAGAAGUCAUAGACGGUGUUCUUAAUUAUCCCAUUUACUACCCCCUCCUCCGAGCCUUCAAAUCCACCGACGGCAGCAUCUCCUCCCUCUACGACAUGCUCAACACCGUCAAGUCCAAUUGCCCAGACUCAACACUAAUGGGCACAUUCGUGGAAAACCACGACAACCCCCGCUUUGCCUCCUACGCAGACGACAUCUCGCUCGCGAAAAACGCGGCGACAUUCACGAUAAUGGCGGAUGGGAUCCCCAUCAUCUACGCGGGACAGGAACAGCACUACGCCGGCGGCACUGAUCCGUAUAACCGCGAAGCUGUCUGGUUGUCGGGGUAUAAGACGGAUAGUGUGCUGUAUAGUAUUAUUGCGAGGGUUAAUGCGGUGAGGAAUCAUGCUAUUGCAAGCCAUGAGGGGUAUGUGACGUAUAAGAAUUAUCCUAUUUAUCACGAUGACUCGACAAUUGCUAUGCGGAAGGGGUAUGAAGGCUCGCAGACUGUUACUGUUCUUUCAAAUGCAGGGGCUAGGGGUGGCGAGUAUACGCUUGAGUUGUCUGGGACUGGGUAUGAGGCUGGGGAUACGGUGAUGGAGGUCUGUACAUGCGAGGAGAUUACUGUUGGUGGGGAUGGGAAAGUUGAGGUUAAGAUGGGGGGUGGUGAACCGAGGAUUUUGUAUCCAAGUGACAAAUUGAAGGGAUCGGGGCUUUGUUCGUAG